UCUGGUGUCUCAACAACCUGUUCUUGGGAUUCUUUCUCACGCACUUCCUUGUUCGUACGUUCCUCCCCUUCAGGCUGGGCUUCUUCAUUGAACGGUUUUAAUGGCUUAUCUGUCAUGCCUCCAUCCGAUGGUUUCAAUGGCUUAUCCAUCGUGCCUUCAAUCAUGUACCAUCAGCUCAAUACAUAACACAAUCUAUUGUCAAUGUUCCUCUAUACCGAUUAUCCAGGAACUUGAAGAUCUUUUCUUUGCCUUGUUAAUAAGCUGUCAUCCACCAGGCAUGCUCUCUCUCGUACAAAGGUCACUCGCUCAGACAACACAUGCAGUUCUCUCAUCAUCAGCCAUUCCGGCUUCAACUGCAUACGUUCCGUACCCGUCAUCCAUGCCAUUCUCAACCAAUUCUCCAUACCUUCCUCAGCGAUCCUGCCUCGCUGUCUGGACCUUCGCUGUCCAUUCUGGUCCCGAUUCCUAUUCCGCUGACCUCCAGAGCCUCAGCUUCUUCUCUCGUCCGCCUUGGUGUCAUCAUCCUGAUCAGUCCUAUCAGGGCAGUAUCUUGCUUGCUUUAUGUUCAUGCCUGUUGCAUCCAAAGCACCUGACACUCUUUUCUUGGGCCUCAGAAGCUCUCUCUAUAACGGCUCUCUCAUAUGCAUGAGGUCUUCCACGCGGCUGAGGACAUCACCCUUGUGAUCCUCCGUUUCAUGGAACCAACAUCCAACGUUUACCUCAUUCAGCUUGUCUUUCUCAGGCAUAUCCUUGCCCUUGCUGCUAGUCUCUACCAUUAUGACUUUUCUCACAACCCAAUAGGCUCCGCCGAGCAGAUUAUUGGCCGAUAAUCGUGUAGGGAACUAAUCGAGGGU